AUGACGGUUGGCAAACAAAAUAUUAUAAACCCGCCUUUAGUUUCUAGUGAUAAGAUUAUUUUGCCUCCAUUGCACAUCAAGUUGGGACUUAUGAAGCAAUAUGUUAAGGCAUUAGAUAAAACUAGUCCGUGUUUUGUAUAUCUUUCAAGAAAGUUUCCUGGUUUAAGUAAUGAAAAACUAAAAGCUGGUAUUUUUGAUGGCCCACAGAUAAGACUUUUAAUGAAAGACAACGAUUUCAUACAUUCAAUGAAUAAUUUAGAAGCAGCGGCUUGGAAAUCUUUUGUUGUUGUUGUAAAAAAUUUCUUAGGAAAUCAGAAGGCCGAAAAUUACAAAGAGUUAGUUCAAAACCUCUUAAUUAGCUUUAAAAAUCUUGGAUGUAAUGUGAGCAUAAAAGUACACUAUCUGAACAAUCAUUUAGACAAGUUUCCUGAAAAUCUUGGAGCGUAUAGCGAAGAACAAGGAGAACGUUUUCAUCAAGAUUUAAAGGUGAUGGAAGAUAGAUACCAAGGUCGCUGGGAUGAGCAUAUGAUGGCAGAUUACUGUUGGAGUAUUACACGGGAAUGUCCUGAAGACAUCCAUCAGAGAAAAUCUAAAAAAAGAAGCUUCUAA